AUAGUAGCAGAUAUUGUUAAUGAGUUACAGUUGCCAGUGUGCCUUGCGCGCUCAGUAAUCGGAUCACACCUUGUUGCGGUGUUUAGUGUUGUCCACCAAACUCAACAGGCGCCGCGCUUCAUUUGGCACUUUUCUCGUAUUUAAAAAACUUGUUUCUUACAUAAAGCAAACUAUUGGCUCUUUCUGACUGAAUUCAACGCAUUAAGAUUUUACCAAGGAAUAAAGAAAUUUGCAGAUCGGUGAAGACAGGUAGAAGUUGAAUGCCUCCAUCUAUAGGCUAAAUGUAUAAUAUGCCACCGAGACUUGAAACGAAUGCUGAUACGAAGACUAGAAACCUGCAAGAAACCAACAGCCGAAAAACCGACAGUCAGAACAAAAUAUACAGGUCACCGAAAAAUAAGGGCACCAAGCUGCCCAUCUGCCCAACCCAAGACAACGGAGAGGACAAGCCAAAACAUGAAACCGUCUGAGACAAAAUCAACUGCAACUAUUGCACUGAAGGAACAACAAAAAACAAAAACAUAUGCUCGUGCGCUUUGUAAAACGAAUAGUCAAAAAGCAUUUACUGUCUUCGCACCAAACCCUAGGAAAAGACAAGAAAUUCAGCAAACGGCAGCGGCAGAAUUGGCGGCCCUGGAGAGUCGAGCCAUGGGUUACAUUUCCAUCUCUAGCACUGUGGGUGGAUGUUCAACUCUGGAGGAGGUCAGGGCAAAACAACAACAAGAAAUGCAAAUCAAGAGGAGACAAAAACAGGUUAAAAAACAUAUUUUACAACCUUCUCCACCUGUUCAAGAAUAA